AUGCACAAACACCUGCUGCGGGACUCCUUAGAGUCUGCAUUUAAAAACAUUUUUUUAUGGAUUGCUAUUGUCAGAUCAUGUAAAUCCAGCUGUAGUUCACAUUCAGACGACUUGUCCUCCUCAGUCCGCUCGCAGGAUCCCAAGCAGCGGUGCGUUCUGGACAGCGCGACGCGCCAGCGCCGUAUAACCCGCCAGCUCGAGGCGCUCGAGAAAGACAACUUCCAGGACGACCCUCACGCGAGCCUCCCGCAGCUCGUCAAGCGGCUGCCGCAGUUCGACGAGAGCAACGAAUCCGGCAAGCGGAGAAAGAAGACGAGGGGUGAUCAUUUUAAACAGAGGUUCCGUAAAAACUUCCAGGCUCUUCUGGAGGAGGAGGACUUGAGUGUCAGUGAGGGACCAAACUAUCUGACUGCAUGUGCUGAGCCCUCGAAGUUUCCUCAGCGACAUUUCUGUGCAGUGUGCGGCUUCCCAUCAAACUACACUUGUGUGUCAUGUGGAGCUCGCUACUGCUGUGUCCGAUGUUUAGGAACACACCAUGAGACCAGGUGUCUAAAGUGGACAGUAUGAUUUGCUCCUCAACUGAACUCCUAUCAAAAUUAAAAUAAGCUUAUGGGUCAAAAUGCACACUUACGAUUUAUGUCCCUCAGAAGCAUUACAUUCAUUUGCCUGCACAAACAUGUUGAGAUGUAAAUCA